AUGAAAAUACCAAAGAGUUUUCUAAAAACUUACCUAGUAUGUACCAGUCUUGUUAAUUCUGAGAAUCAAGAGGAUCUUGCUAAAGAAACUGAAUCUUUAGCUUAUUGUGACACAACCACUUUUAGAGCUAUUUGCUUAGAAAAUCAGCUGGAGAUUAAUGAUCAUGACAAUGUUUCUGGCCUGACUAUAACUUCGAUGAAUAAUUUGGUAUCUAACGUUUCGAAAGAGGAAUUAGGCACUGAAAUUAAUAAUGAACUAAGUGAAUUCGGUUUUGAUUUUUCAUCAGAUGGUUCUGUUGCCGACCCAAAUUACUGUCCACUCUCUGAAAUUACCAAUUUUGCACCUAUAGCUUCAACAUCAACUGACAGCAAUAAUAAUUUGUUUCCUGAAACAAUUUUGGAACGUGAGAUGGCUAUCGAGUCUAGAGUAAGGAAACGAAAAGCAGACGUAAUGUCUACGAAAAGGUUAAGAAACAAGACGUUAAGAAUGUUGGGUCAAGAAUAUGUAGGUUUUAGAAAAACUGAAGAUGAAAAAUUUUUACAAGACUAUCAAACCUGCGCGACAACUUUGUAA